CAGCCCUCCAGAGAAUUACAUCUUUAGUCAGUUAUUUUGCAACGGCUCCCUACACAUGUACAACAAAUACUGGCUAACGCUCAUCAGGAUACCGACUUGAAAGACCUAGCCCUUAUGGCUGGUAAAAUAAUGGAAAUACAAGCGCCCACGAUCUCAACUUCUUCGCCUCCUAUAACUGACGACUCGCUAGUAAAAGCUGUGCACUCCCUGCAGCAGCAACUGGAUUUACACUUCGAUAACAUACGUUUCAGAGAACGGUUGCCACUUGACAACGAUAUCACCCACUUGUGACUCACUGCGUAAACAAGCAUUUUGUGUGCUACAGAAGGAGUUGCUGAACCAUCUCAGGAUAACCCCCGGACGUGUUUAUUUUUUUUAAAUGUUUUUUGAUUAUCACCCGAUGGAGUUGUACAGAACUAUUUUCUACUUGCUCCAAAAUACAGUAUUCAGUAUUCAGUAUUCACCCGCCGAAACCGUAAUUCUCGGUCAGGCCAUCGGCGUAUUCGCAGCGCUAAUCGUUCACGUGGCAUUUGUUGGUAUCACCGUAGGUUCCGUAACAAAGCUCGGAAAUGCAUAAAGCCGUGUCGAUUUUCCAGUUCGGGAAACGAACACGCCAGCUCGUAAUGGCGACGACGCAAGCUGGCAUAUGCGAGCCAGGUCGCCUCUUUUAUCUGCGAGAUGUAAGAUCUGGCAUGCGAUUCCUCGUAGACACUGGUGCCCAAGGCAGUGUGGUUCCUCCACGUCCGGAGGACUUAAGGCACUGCUCUGUAUACAGCCUGCAGGCAGUAAACGGCACGCCUAUCCGAACCUAUGGAGAACGGUCCAUUACGCUGAACCUUGGUCUCCGUAGGCCUUUUCCUUGGAUUUUCAUUGUAGCCAAAGUGCCCACUGCCAUUCUAGGCCUCGAUUUCUUCCAGCAUCAUGGCAUUAUUGUCGAUCCCAAGCGCUGCCAAAUCAUUGAUGGCCUAACGCAAAUAUCUCGGGCUGGUUUUAAAGGGUCCAUUAUGUCUAUGAGUCCGCAGCUUGCCCCAUCACGAGCCACUCCAAAGUACCUGGAUUUGUUACGAGAGUUUAACAGCUUAACAAAGCCUGGAUACCAUCCCGGUGAUGUCAAACAUGAGAUCGUACAUAGGAUAACGACAACAGGUAGUCCAGUAUUUCAUCGUCCGCGGCGUUUAGCGCCAGAUAAACUUUCCGUAGCGAAGGCUGAAUUUGACCAUAUGCUACAAUUGGGCAUAAUACGUCCAUCCAGCAGUACAUGGGCAUCGCCGCUACAUAUGGUCCCGAAAUACAAGCCUGGGGAUUGGAGACCUUGUGGGGAAUAUCGGGGACUAAACGCUAUCACCGUCCCAGACAGGUAUCCCAUUCCGCAUCUCCAGGAUUUUUCUUCCUCGCUAUACAGAAAACACGUGUUCAGUAAGAUAGAUUUAGCACGAGCAUAUUACCAAAUUCCUGUUCAUUCACAAGAUGUUUAUAAGACUGCCGUUACUACACCUUUUGGCUUAUUUGAGUUCUUGCGAAUGCCAUUUGGUCUCCGCAAUGCAGCUCAAACAUUUCAGCGUUUUUGGAUCAGGUUAUUCGUGAGCUCGAUUUUGUUUUCGUCUACAUUGACGAUGUCUUGGUUGCAAGUUAUAACCAUGACGAACACUUGCGUCAUCUGCGACAACUGUUCGAGCGAUUUGCGCAUUAUGGGGAGGUUAUCAAUGCCUCCAAGAGUCA